CCUCUGCCUCAGACUUAUCCAGCCACAUGCCACCAUGUGCCACACCAGCUGCUCCUCAGGCUGCCGGGCAGCCUGCCGCGUGCCCAGCUCCUGCCAGGCAUCCUGCUGCAUGCCCGUGGGCUGCCAGUCCUCCGUGUGUGUGCCCGUGAGCUUCAGGCUAGCCCUGUGUGUGCCCGUGAGAUGCCAGUCCUCUGUGUGUGUGCCUGUGAGCUGCAGGCCCGUUGUCUGUGUGGCCCCCUCCUGCCAGUCCUCCGGGUGCUGCCAGCCCUCCUGCACCAGCGUCCUCUGCAGAUCUGUCUCCUGCAGCAUCCCAUCCUGCUGCUGACCACGAGUGUCCAGACCCGCUGCUCCCAGUGCAGACGGGGCCACACCUGUACCCUCCCCGGAUGAGUCCUCGGUUAUUCUUCUGCACUUGGGGCUAGUGAAAAGCAUGCUCAGUGAGCCUUCUGAAUUCUGGGUUGAGAAUGUGACAGAAUUAUCUGGAGCCCUCGCUGACCUUGCCCAUCCUCCUAGAGAAGUCUGGGUCCCAGAUAUAUUCUCUGACCCCAUGAGAGCCAAAUAAACCAGCUUUCCCCAUGCA